GUCAGUCCGACCGUGGCCGCUCACCUGAGCAGAGCGAGCACCGCGACCAGAGCGCCAGGCCUACCGCAGUACCUGGGCAACCCAGGCCGCGUCGCGUCGACCGCGUCACGUCCUGUCACAUCCGCGUGUGUUUGUGUGUGUCACGCCCGUGUCGCGUUUCGCGUGUGUUGGUGUUGGUGAUGUGUGUGCGCGCGUGUUCCCCCGGCCCGCCCAGGCCCGCGGCACCUGUCGGUGCCCCGGCAGUGAUCUGAUAGGAGUGUAGUGCCUGGCGGGGCCGCCGCCGUCGACCGCCGCCGCCACCGGCCUCCAGGAUGACGGUCACCUACUCCAAGCUCGUCGCCAACGGCAGCAGCUUCGGCUGCUUCUGGAGGAUACUGUACAAAUGGCGGGGUAGCGUGUACAAGCUGGUGUGGCGCGAGCUGCUGGUGUUCCUCUGCCUGUACUUCUCCAUCAACCUCAUCUACCGGCACGCACUCAACGAGACGCAGCAGAGGCAGUUCGAGAGGAUUCGGGCGUACUUCGGCUCGCACGGGGAGACCAUCCCCAUGUCGUUCGUGCUGGGCUUCUACGUGAGUCUGGUGGUGAAGCGCUGGUGGGAGCAGUACCGGCUGCUGCCCUGGCCCGACACGCUGGCGCUCUUCGUCUCGGCCGCCAUCCCGGGGGUGGAUGAGCGGGGGCGCCUGAUGCGGAGAAACAUCGUGCGGUACGCCGUGCUGGCCUACGUCAUCACGCUGAACCACGUGAGCGUGCGCGUCAAGAAGAGGUUCCCCGGCUGGCAGCACAUGGUGGACGCGGGCUUCAUGAUGGAGUGCGAGAAGAAGAUCUUCGAGCUGAUGGACGGCAAGAGCCCCAUGUCCAAGUAUUGGAUGCCGCUGGUGUGGGCCACCAACAUCAUCAACCGCGCGCGCAAGGAGGGCCUCAUCCAGUCGGACCACGUGGUGCAGACCAUGCUGCAGGAGCUGUCCGACAUCCGACGGCGCCUGGGCUCGCUCAUCGGCUACGACACCGUGUGCGUGCCCCUGGUGUACACGCAGGUGGUGACGCUGUCCGUGUACACGUACUUCAUGGCGCAGCUGAUGGGCCGCCAGUUCGUGGAGACGCGCCACCCUGACGGCACCGUCACCGGCGACCCCGACAUCUUCUUCCCGCUGUUCACGUCCCUGCAGUUCUGCUUCUACAUCGGCUGGCUCAAGGUGGCCGAGGUGCUCAUCAACCCCUUCGGCGAGGACGACGACGACAUCGAGCUCAACUGGCUCAUCGACCGGCACAUCAAGAACAUCGAGGUGGCCCGCCGCGGCCUGGGCGAGACGCCGGGCUCCGAGGAGGAUUACGAGGACGUGUCGCCGCUGCUGUGCGGGGGGCGGGGGCCGGGGCUGCUGGCGCUGCUGUGGGGCGGCGUCGUGUCCGCGGUCAACGCCGUGCUCGGCCUGUUCGUGCCGCCCCCCGGCACGGCCACCGGCACGGCCGGCACGGAGGAGCAGCGGCCCGCCGGCGAGGAGCACCCCAGCCAGCAGAGGAGGCCCUGGCUGAAAAGCGCGGCCUACAUGAUCGUGGACGAGAUGCACGAGGAGCACCCCGAGCUGCUCAAGGACCAGUACUGGGACGAGGUGGUGCCCAAGGACCUGCCCUACACCGUGGCGUCCGAGUGCUACCGCCGCGCCGAGCCCAAGGGCAGCGCCGAGGACUACAAGGUCAAGGACUCGGACGCUCUCUACGCCAACCUAAUGCCGCAGCGCAACAAGCUGGGCCCCGAGGACGUAUACGCCGACUACGAGAGCGUGGACACGCCGCUGGUGGAGAGGCGCAAGAACUGGUUCCAGCGGCAGAUGCAGCGCAUGGGCUCGGUGCGUUCCUCCAGCACCACGUACUCGUCGGCGGGGACGGCCAUCGGCAACAGGCCGCGGCACAACUCCGUCUACUCACAGAUCUCGUUUGUGCAGGGCGAGAACGGCGGCCUGCCCGGCCCCGGGCCCGUGUCGGCGCACAGCAUGCAGGGCGCCAUGCAGGCCAGCAUGCAGGGCCUGGGCCCGCCCGGGCUGACGACGCUACCCGUGCACCAGCAGCAGCAGGAGCGACAGCCCAAGAUGUCCAUCUACGAGCGGUUCGUCAACAGGCGCUCCAGCCGCGGGCAGAACAAGAGAUCAAACGUGUUGAAGAACCGGCCUCGCAUCCCCACCCCCGACGUGACCCGGGACCUCGGCGUGGUGGUUCGGGAGGCGAACGGGUCGGCGCCGUCCACGCCGGGGACGCCGUCGUCCAUGAUGCAGCAGCCUACCUACCCGACGGACGUGCCCGUGGUCCAGGUGCUGUUAACGCCCAUCCAGGAGGCUGAGGGCGGCCACGGCCACGGCCACAGCGUGGUGGGCGUGGGGGUGAGCACCCCCGGCGGCCACCACCACCUGAACGUGGGCACCAAGGCCCUGGCGCAGGCCGUGCUGUCGCCGGGCCUGGGCCCCGUCACGCUGGCCGCCACGCCGGUCACCUUCACGCAGCCCAUCCUGUUCACCGCGUCGCCGGGGCCGCACCGCCCGGUGCGCUCGUCGGCGCCGCCGCGCGCCGCCGUCACCCUCACCGAGCUGAGCAGCCAGUCGGGGUCGGCGUCGGGCUCGGAGGAGGAGGGCGGCGCGGCCACCCCGCGGCCCGCCACGCCCGCCACGCCGACGCCCGCCCCCUCGACCUCCGCGGCCCCCGCGGCCACGACGCCGACCUCCACGCCCGCGGCGUCGCCGCCCCGGAGCGCCUCCAACAGCCUGGCGCCCAGCGCGGCCAGCACGGUGGAGAGGAGGAAGAACGAGAGGAAGACCGGGGCGCCCAGCAAGCGCGGCGAGGUGUACGUCUAGCGGCCCACUCUUGAAGCUGAUCCAGUCCACGUAGACUAGGCCCAGCGCUCCGUCCCGCAGUGGUGUUGUCGGGCAAGCAUGACGAGGGACGCUUUGGGGAGCUGUCCCGAGGCAACCGUGAUCUGAUAAGAUUAAUUUUAUUGCUAUGACGGUAUAUUUAAAACAUGAAUUCCAGUCAGUGUGAUGACUUGUGAUCAUUCUUUUUAAUGUAAUUGUUUAGAGUAACCAAUUUCUUAUGAGUACCUUUUGUCUUUCUGCUUGAUGGGAUGUGACCUUUUUUUUGUGCCAGUUUUGUUGGGUGUGCGUGUGUGAAUGUGAGUAGAAGUAGUGGUGUCUUCACAGUGUGGCAGAUUUUACAGCUGAUAAGAUUAUUUUUGUAAUUUUUUAAUAAGCAGACUUUCAUGAAAAGGAUAACUAUUUAUGAGAGUAUGAGACACUUAGUUUUUAUUUGUUUACUAAUUAUCAAUUAUUCUUAUUUGAAACUUAUGUGAUCCUUUGUAGAUAUUGUAGGUAGCAAUUGUGAGUUGUUUUUGCCUUUAACGGAGUUAAGUGUACAAAGUUUGAAGUAUUGUGCCAAUGUUUGCUUCAAGCAAGGUCUUGGGUGACUUUUUGUACUUUAUCUCUAAGCUCUAGAAAUCAAGCUGAUUGUAAUCUACUAAAACCAAUAGUCUGGCACAAAAGUUUCAGACUAUACCUAGGCUAGAAAUUAAGUAGGGUUUGACUAAGUCGAAGUAUUUUCAUGUGCCUUAAUGCCUUUUGUUAAUUUAUACUAUUUGUUCUAAACUAGAGUAUAUGGAAUAACACUGCGUUUGUGAUCAUUAUGGGCUGUUUUGAAUGAAUGAUUUGCCAUUAUGAUGUGGUAGUCAAAGGAGGUGUUACUUUUUGUAUACGCUUUUACCUACAGUCAGUGUUUUUCAGACCAGAUGGUAGCAUUUUGUGUCAACUGUGUUAAAUGUAGAAGAAUGCAAUUAAAUAUAAGUGUAUACCUGUCUUUUGUUGUGUGUUUGAAUAGUAUGUAAUAUGACAGAUCACCGUUGUUAUCGAUUAAAUGUCUUACCAGGACCAUGUAUUUUUUAUUCUCACACGUUCAAGCUAUGUAUCCACGUGGGAAGCUGAUUGGCUAUUUCCCCUUGUUAGACAAUUUUUAAUUAUAAGAACAUUGUGUAGGCUGUUUCAGUGACUUUUUGAAUUAAAAGCUGUGAAUGUGCUUCA